AUGAAUGCUCCAUUGCCGAAAAUGAAAGCUAGACCUAGGUCUGUGUCGCGAACUCGAGCCACUCGCCUUGCACUAAUACCUCCAAAUGAGCGUAUGCCCGAGCAGAGCAAUGGUGCACUGAAAAUUGAGAAUGGUGAGUGUUUGAAAUUUAUGUCUGUGUCGCGAACUCGAGCUACCCGCCUUGCACUAAUACCUCCAAAUGAGCGUAUGCCCGAGCAAAGCAACGGUGCCCUGAAAAUUGAGAAUGGUACAUCGGCAGACAAACCUCAAGGCGAUGACGCCUCUAAACCUGAAGAAACUCCAUCUUCUCCUAUUCCCCCAGUCCCUGCACCUUCAAGCCCAUCCAAUCAACCUAAUCAAGCAAAGAAAGGCCAAUCAUUCUCUGUAUCUUUUGUUACGACAAUAUCACCUGCCAAAUCACGGCAGUCUAAAGUUUCUACUUCUUGCUCAGUACCCCCUCCAGCUCCACCACCUCCACCUCCUGACCUGCUAAGAAAAGCCACACCGAUGCCUGUUUCUUGUUCUUCUCCUGAUGAUUGUGCUGCCAAACCUCCUCCUCCUGCACCGCCACCUCCUCCUCCAGGAUUUCUUGAAGGAUCGUCAUCAACCUCUACAUGCCCGGAUAUCGCAUCAUCUCUCCCAAGACCUUCUGCACUCUCAGGACUCUCUGCAGCGUUAUCUGACAUUGACAUUGAGGAACCGGCUCCUAGUACGAGUUUGACAGCAUUAUCUACGGAUACAGCUGUGGUCUCAAAUGCUGAUCCAACUAGUUUUGUUCCGGCAAAUGCAUUAUCUACUGAUACAGCUGUGGUCUCAAAUACUGAUCCAACUAGUUCUGAACCGGCAAAGGGUAAGUAUGAUACCUAUCGACUGUUGCAAAAGAGAUUGUAUGAGCUUUUCAAUAUAUGCUGAUU